ACGGGGUAGGCGGGACAUCCCGGCUCUCCCUUCCCCGCGGCCCGGUUAACCCGCGGCUGCCCGCCGGAGCCAGGUUACAGAGAUAAAAUCAGCUCUUUCUAAAAAUCGCUAUAAACAUCUGCUCCCCCACUCCCCAGGGCUUGCACCUGCAGAAAGGAGGAAAUAAAAUCUCUAUGCACUCUGCAGGGUUUCAGCUUUUGAGGCAUCCGUGACAGAAGUCAAGGAAACAAACUCAAGAGAAUGAAGCCUAACAAAGGAAAGACUUUAACUAGAGAGAGAGACUAUGUGUACAAAUUCAGUGCUGGAAAUGAAGAUUUGGUGCUUACCGUGCCUCUCAAAUUCCCUGUGCAGGAAAAUAUCAGUCAUUUGCACGGACGUCUGAUGGUUCUGCACAACCUGCCAUGCUUUAUAGAAAAUGACCUGAAGCAAUCUCUUAGUAAAUUUGUAGAAGAAGAGACUAUAAAAGAUUAUGACAGAGAAGCUGAAGUGGCUCUGGAAGCAGUGAAAUCAGGAAAAGUAGACAUCAACCAGCUGGCAGAUACUUGGGCUAAAGCUUAUAAAGAGACAACGUUAGAACAUGCCAAACCUGAAGAAACCAGCUGGGAUGAAGAUUUUGCAGAUGUUUAUCAUGAUCUGAUCCAUUCUCCAGCUUCUGAAAUGCUGUUAAACCUGGAACACAAUUAUUUUGUUAGCAUCUCAGAAUUAAUAAGUGAAAGAGACGUGGAACUGAAAAAACUACGUGAAAGGCAAGGAGCUGAAAUGGAUAAGGUGAUGCAGGAGCUUGGGAAGUCACUGACUGACCAGGAUGUCAAUUCCUUAGCAGCUCAGCAUUUUGAGUCUCAGCAGGAUUUGGAGAACAAAUGGACCAAUGAAUUAAAACAGACUACAGCUAUCCAGAAGCAGGAAUAUCAGGAGUGGGUGAUAAAGCUUCAUCAGGACCUAAAGAAUCCCAACAACAGCUCAGUCAGUGAUGAAAUUAAAGUUCAGCCCAGCCAGCUGAGGGAAUCUGUGGAAGGAAAUGGGAGAAUCUAUGAAGAGCAAAGGCUGUUAGAAGAAAGCUUUACUAUUCACUUAGGAGCCCAGCUGAAGACCAUGCACAACCUGAGGCUGCUGAGAGCUGACGUGUUGGAUUUCUGCAAACACAAGCGCAAUCACCGCAGUGGGGUGAAGCUGCACAGGCUUCAGACUGCGAUGUCCCUCUAUUCAACUUCCCUCUGUGGCCUGGUGUUACUGGUGGAUAACAGGAUCAGCUCAUACAGUGGAAUCAAAAGAGAUUUCGCAACUGUUUGCCAAGAAUGCACGGAUUUCCAUUUUCCUGGAAUCCAAGAACAACUUGAAAUUGUCCAGAAGGUUGUACUUAAGGCCAGAGCACAGCGUAGCAACAAGACAAAAAGACACCACGAAAACAAAAUGAAUGGGAAUGAAGAUAAAUUAAAGAAUAUUGAACGAAACCAGUCAAACAUUUUGCCAGGAGAGUUCUACAUCACACGGCACUCAAACCUCUCAGAAAUACACGUUGCCUUUCACCUCUGUGUGGAUGACAACGUCAGGUCUGUGAACGUGACCGCUCGGGACCCAGCUAUCAUGGGGCUCAGGAACAUCCUCAAGGUCUGCUGCACACAUGACAUCACCACCAUCAGCAUUCCCCUCCUGUUGGUGCAUGAAAUGUCAGAAGAGAUGACCAUUCCAUGGUGUCUGAAGAGGGCAGAGCUUGUGUUCAAGUGUGUCAAAGGUUUCAUGAUGGAAAUGGCCUCGUGGGAUGGAGGAAUUUCUCGUACUGUACAAUUCCUGGUACCACAGACAAUUUCUGAGGAAAUGUUUUACCAGCUGAGUAACAUGCUGCCACAGAUCUUCAGAGUAUCCUCCACACUGACUCUGACCUCUAAGCACUGAUUUCUGUGGGGCACUAACCUGUAUCCUGUUGGUAGAGGAUGACAUUAAGGAGAUUCUGGACUAGGAUGUCUCUUUCCUGUGGACUGAUAACCCCAAAGUGGCAUUUGUAGCAAUUUCAAGAAUUGUGUUGUAAUAAAAGAUAAAUGUUGUCUGUA